GUGGUGUUACACUAAAAGAAUUCCGACUCCUCCUUGGGUGAAGGUUCACCAGCGGUGACUCGGUUACGUCCGCUGUCCACAAGUUCUUGCCACCUUGUCUAUAAUGUCUGGCCGCGUUCUCGUCGGAGUCAAGCGAGUCAUUGACUAUGCAGUUAAGAUCCGGGUGAAGCCGGACAAGAGCGGCGUGGUGACUGAUGGCGUGAAGCACUCGAUGAACCCCUUCUGCGAGAUCGCCGUGGAGGAGGCGGUCAAGCUGAAGGAGAAGAAGCUCAUCAAGGAGGUUGUGGCAGUGAGCUGUGGGCCUCAGCAGGCACAGGAAACCAUUCGCACCGCCCUCGCCAUGGGAGCAGAUCGCGGCAUACACGUUGAGGUGUCUGGCAAGGACUACGAAAACCUAGGACCCCUCCAGGUCUCUAAGAUCAUGGCUGCUUUGGCAAAGAAGGAAGAGGCCCAGCUAGUAAUCCUUGGAAAACAGGCCAUCGACGAUGACUGCAAUCAGACGGGCCAAAUGACAGCAGCUCUACUGGACUGGCCUCAGGGCACGUUUGCGUCAGAGGUGACGCUAGAAGGCGACAAAAUGAAAGUGGUGCGUGAGAUUGACGGCGGCUUGGAGACCAUCAAGAUCAACACGCCUGCUGUGGUCACCGCCGACCUCCGACUCAACACGCCACGCUACGCCACCCUGCCUAAUAUCAUGAAAGCAAAGAAGAAGAAAAUUGCCAACGUGAAGCCAGCCGAUCUGGGCGUGGAGCUGACGUCCCGGCUGGAGGUGCUACAGGUAGACGAGCCCCCACAGAGGCAAGCUGGCAUCAAAGUGGAGACGGUGGAUGACUUGGUGGGCAAACUCAAGGAAACGGGAUGCAUAUAACAAAGUCCUGAGGGCAUAUAAAACCCAAUGGAGAUAACAACAUGGACAAGUACUGAGAAACACAGCCCUGCGACUGCUGCUGGAUAGCCACACAAACUUGUGUGUUUUUUUAAAAUCAUCACAUCUGGACUAUAAACUAAGGAUCCACUUAAAGAGUCUGUACAAAACCACCUGGUUUUUGCCUCAUAAACGAAACUUUGAAGCGAAACGUUUCAGCCAUGCCGAGCUUGUAAAUGAUUGUAAAUAAAAUAUACAGAGACAAGCAUGCCGCACAUGCAGAGCAUAUUAGCUGGAUUCAGGACGGUGUAUCUCAGUACCUGCAAACUGAAAUUUUGCCACAAGCGCCUCGAUUGUACGUGAUCAUGAAAAAUAAAGCAGCAUUUGUUUUUGUUUUUUUCAUAAUCAAAUUUAUUUGUGGUUGGUCUUGUAUGGCAUGCAUGGACAACAGUUUAAAAUGGGUACGCAACUAAGGAUUAACUCAUUGGCUGUUAUUGACGGCACUGGACUUCCAUUCCAUUAUAACUGGGAGACAUUGACAGAUAAUUAAUGGAAUCGACUGGACGUCUUGCGCCGUCAAUGGCACUGAAACUUGAGCAUUCGCAGCCAGUCCUCCUAGCUUAAAUGAACUGAACAUCUGUCCGUCAAUGGAAAACAAGAACUGAAUACUAUGAGAGAUCCUUUAAAAAAAUAAACUUUAGACUGUUAAUGGAGGCCAUAACCAGAGUGUCUGUUUAUUCAUUUUAAUUUUAAUAGUAAAAUAGUUUUAUUAAGUUUUCACGUAUAAUUUUAUUAAUUUGAAAGGAUAUAAAAAAAUAUUGAUAAUUUUAUGCCCACAUGGCUAGACAUGUGCCCAUAAUGGUUUUAAAGUAUACAGUGGUAUGAAAACGUCACUCUUUCAAUACCGCAAAAAAAUUCUGUCAAACCAUCCCUACAAUAUUAGCUUUUUUUAUGUCCCAAAAAUGCAGGGAGAAAUCCCUCGCUUGUAGCUGCAAGGCUCAACUCCCCCUCACCGGUUGAUGCUCAGUGUCAGUGAGUCAGCUGUGCUACACAAUGACAGGAGGUGAACCCUACUGAAUUUUUUCCCCAUUGAAAAAAAAACGAAUACACUGGUAUGGAAGUACUUUGGCUAUUGAAAAGGUGGGCGCAGCUUAGAGGAGUAGGGCCAACCGUCAUGUAAAGCAUUUUUGCGGAGGCUGGCUUCUGAGGAGCCAAUACCUCCGAUACGAUUUCGCAUUAUUACAAAAUUAAUGGUUGGUAAACAUUAUCAUUAGAGAUGUCCGAUCACGUCAUUUUCAAGGUAUCGGAAUCGCCCAAAAAAAUAUCGGACAUGCCUUUUUUUUUAUAUAUAUAUUUUUUUAAAUAAAUCGUUUUCUAAUUGUAUUUAACGUUACAGACAUAAUAUGUUACACUCAUCCAGAGUCUUUAGUUUUGGCUUAAGGUAGGGUUAUCAAAUUUAUCCCGAUAAUGGCGGUAAUUUUUUUUUUUUUUUAAUUGUAUCACGUUAAAAUAUUUAACGCAAUUAAUACAUGUGCUGCACUACCCACUCAGGCAUUGUUGCGCUCAAUCUGUAAUGGUGCCGUUUUAUCUAUAUAGAGAGCUAAAAGGCAGCGUAAUAUGAGUAGAGUGAAUUUUGAAAGCCUUUGGAGCCUUAUUUUAAUUGGCUAAAGCCUUACAAUCCCUCUCCCUACGAUUAGAGCUAUCGUGGGAAGCAAGACAGUAAUUGAUCUUUUUCUAAACACCCUAUGUUAUUUCACAACGCAGAGAAGAUAAAUCAAUUGGUACCACUACGCACAGUCAUGGUUCCACUUCCCAUCAUGCAUUUGGGCAUGGCUACAGUAUCAUUUACUGAAAGCUCAACAAAUACACUAGAUGGCAAUAUUUAGUCACAAUAUACAAAGUCACAUUUGUCCUUUAAGAAUUACAAGUCUUUCUAUCCGUGGAUCCCUCUCACAGAAAGAAUGUUAAUAAUGUAAAUGCCAUCUUGAUUUAUUGUCAUAAUAAACAAAUACAGUACUUAUGUACUGUAUGUUGAAUGUAUAUAUUCGUCCGAGUUUUAUUCAUUUUUUUCUUAAUUCAUUGCCAAAAUGUAUAUGAUCGGGGAAAAUUAUCGGUAAUGAUUGGAAUUGAAUCGGGAGCAUAAAAAAGCAAUCGGAUCGGGAAAUAUCGGGAUCGGCAGAUACUCAAACUAAAACGAUCGGGAUCGGAUCAGGAGAAAAAAAAGCAAUUGGAUCGGGAAAUAUCGCGGUCGGCACAUACUCAAACUAAAACGAUCGGAUCGGGAGCAAAAAAACGUGAUCGGAACAACCCUAAUUAUCAUGAACGUUUCCCACCAGCUACGAGAAUUAACUCCAGCGUGUUUAGUGUGUCUAGCGGUAGUAAAAUGUGUUUUUUUUUUCACUCUGGCAACUGUGUUGAGAAAGUGUGUGUAUAAUGUAAACAUGAUACGAGUCCUACACACAUGCUUUUUAUGAAAAAUAAUUCAAUGAUUUUUGUUCUGAUGGCAAUAAUGUUUAGCUGUGGCUGUGGGUUUACGCUCACUUAAAGGAUUGCAUUUAUUUUAUUUGGAAUAAUUCCGUUGUUUUUAUUUUUAAAUUUUAUUUUAACUUAAUAUUAUACUUAUGUUCCAAUUUGCUAAUGUU